CGGGGCGGACGCUCACACCGACCGACCGACGGACGGAGGGACGGACGCGGCGUCGCCAAAUUCCUAUGUCCAGGAGGAGCGGCGGCGGCUCCCGCGGGAGGCGGCCGGAGAACCGUGCGGACAGCUGAGCUUGUCGGCCGUCGCCGCCCGGGCGGGCCUCGCCCCGGCCCCAAUGGUUUGAUCCCGCCUCUCCUCCCCUCCCGACCCCCGCGGCGGCGAGGCCUCACCAUGUGAAGGUUAGAAGCCGGACACCCCGAAGAGCUGCCGAGAAAGAUGGGGGAUGCUGCAGACCCCAGGGAGGUGCGAAAGACCUUCAUUGUUCCUGCCAUCAAACCCUUUGACCACUAUGAUUUCGCCAGGGCCAAAAUCGCCUGCAAUCUGGCCUGGUUGGUGGCCAAAGCCUUUGGGACAGAAAAUGUGCCAGAGGAACUCCGUGAACCGUUUUACACAGAUCAGUAUGACCAGGAACACAUCAAACCACCUGUUGUUAAUUUGCUUCUGUCGGCUGAACUGUACUGUCGAGCUGGGAGUCUUAUUCUCAAGAGUGAUGCUGCAAAACCCCUUUUGGGCCAUGACGCUGUAAUCCAGGCUUUAGCACAGAAAGGUCUUUAUGUCACUGACCAAGAAAAAUUGGUAACUGAACGAGAUCUCCACAAGAAACCCAUACAGAUGAGUGCACAUUUGGCCAUGAUAGACACCCUAAUGAUGGCUUACACUGUGGAAAUGGUCAGUAUAGAGAAAGUAAUUACGUGUGCUCAACAGUAUUCAGCUUGUUUUCAAGCCACGGAUCUGCCCUAUGACAUUGAGGAUGCUGUCAUGUUCUGGAUAAAUAAGGUAAAUGAACAUCUGAAAGACAUAAUGGAACAGGAGCAGAAAUUGAAAGAGCAUCACACUGUUGAAGCUCCAGGAGGUCAAAAGGCUCGUUAUAGGAAAGAGCAAACAUUGCUUAAGCAACUACCUUGCAUCCCAUUGAUAGAAAAUCUGUUGAAGGAUGGUACCGAUGGCUGUGCCCUAGCCGCUCUUGUUCAUUUUUACUGUCCUGGCGUUGUCAGACUUGAGGAUAUUUGUUUGAAGGAAACUAUGUCUUUGGCUGAUAGCCUGUACAAUCUGCAGCUGAUUCAAGAAUUUUGCCAAGAAUACCUGAACCAGUGUUGUCAUUUUGCUCUUGAAGAUAUGCUCUAUGCGUCUUCAUCCAUAAAGAGUAAUUAUUUGGUGUUCAUGGCAGAACUCUUCUGGUGGUUUGAAGUUGUGAAGCCAUCAUUUGUACAGCCUCGUGUUGUUUGUCCUCAAGGAGCUGAACCUGUGAAAGAUUCAGUUCCUGUCUUGAAUGCUGCCAAAAGAAAUGUCUUGGAUAGUUCCUAUAGUUCUGACUUCUGUUCAAGUGAGGAGGGAGCUACAUUUACACAGUCUCGGCAUCAUUUGCUGUCUAGACAUUCACGUCCCCAAGCUCAUUCUUCAGCCUCAGGAGGAAUUAGGAGGUCUUCAUCUAUGUCUUAUGUUGAUGGCUUCAUAGGCACAUGGCCCAAAGAGAAAAGAUCAUCAGUGCAUGGAGUUUCAUUUGAUAUUUCUUUUGAUAAAGAAAAUAGUGUGCCGAAAUCUACUCCAAACAGAGGAAUUAUUCGUUCUAUUAGUAAUGAAGGACUUACUCUGAACAAUAAUCGUGUGGCUAAACACAUUCGGAAAAAUUUGUCCUUCAAGCCAAUAAAUGGAGAAGAGGAAACAGAAAGCAUUGAAGAAGAACUUAACAUAGACCCUCACAGUGACCUCAAAUCUUAUGUGCCCCUUAAUACAAAUGAACUAAAUUCUAAUGAGAAUGUUCAUUAUCAGCUUCCAAAUGGAGCUUUGCAAAAUAGAGUACUUCUAGAUGAGUUUGGCAAUCAGAUCUUAACACCAAGUAUUGAAGAAGCAUUACAAAUCAUUCAUGAUACUGAAAAAUCUCCCCACACACCUCAGCCUGACCAAAUAGCUAAUGGCUUCUUUCUUCACAGCCAGGAAAUGAGUAUCCUGAAUUCAAAUAUCAAGCUAACUCAGUCUAGCCAUGAUAACAUAUCUGAUACAAAAGGUGCCUUGAGUCCCAUAACUGACAAUACUGAAGUAGACACUGGAAUUCAUGUUCCUUCAGAAGAUAUUCCUGAAACUAUGGAUGAAGAUUCUUCUUUGAGAGAUUAUACUGUAAGCUUGGACUCUGACAUGGACGAUGCAUCUAAAUUUCUACAGGAUUAUGAUCUGAGAACCAGCAACGCCAGAGAAUCUGUGAGUCCUUGUCCAAGUACAAUAAGCACCAAGUCACGACCCGGCAGCAGUGCUUCUUCAAGUUCGGGAGUUAAAAUGACUAGCUUUGCUGAACAGAAAUUCAGGAAACUGAAUCACACUGAUGGAAAGAGUAGUGGAAGCAGUUCUCAGAAAACGACACCAGAGGGUUCUGAACUGAAUAUUCCACAUGUGGUUGCUUGGGCGCAAAUUCCAGAAGAAACGGGCCUUCCACAAGGACGGGACACUACCCAGUUGUUGGCUUCGGAAAUGGUGCAUCUUAGGAUGAAGCUAGAAGAAAAGAGGCGUGCUAUAGAAGCCCAGAAGAAGAAAAUGGAAGCUGCUUUUACCAAACAGAGGCAGAAAAUGGGAAGGACUGCAUUCCUCACUGUAGUGAAAAAGAAAGGGGAUGGGAUCUCCCCCCUUCGAGAGGAAGCAGCUGGUGCAGAAGAUGAGAAAAUAUAUACUGAUCGAGCAAAAGAAAAGGAACCUCCAAAAGCUAAUGGACAGAGGAGCAAGUCUCUGGCAGAUAUCAAAGAGACCAUGGAUAAUCCUCAGGCCAAAUGGCUAAAAUCUCCAACCACGCCUGUCGAUCCUGAGAAGCAGUGGAACCUGGCAAGCCCCUCAGAAGAAACUUUAAAUGAAGGAGAGAUUUUAGAAUACACAAAGUCCAUUGAAAAGUUAAAUUCAUCUCUGCAUUUUCUACAACAAGAGAUGCAACGCUUGUCAGUUCAGCAGGAAAUGUUAAUGCAGAUGAGAGAGCAACAGUCUUGGGUGAUAUCACCUCCACAGCCCUCUCCACAGAAACAGAUUCGAGAUUUUAAACCUUCCAGGCAGGCAUGCCAGUCAGUUCCCAUUGCACCAUUCUCCUCAGACUCCCCUCGGCCUGCUCACCCAUCUCCACAAUCUUCUAACAGGAGGAGCACAUCUUUUUCUGUUAAAAAUUCAAGGACUCCUAGGCCAAAUGAAUUAAAAAUAACUCCUUUGAACCGAACCUUGACAGCUCCUCGUUCUGUUGAUAGUCUUCCUCGGUUAAGGAGGUUUUCACCAAGUCAGGUUCCUAUUCAGACUAGGUCAUUUGUAUGUUUUGGAGAUGAUGGGGAACCUCAGCUCAAGGAAUCCAAAACAAAAGAAGAAGUUAAAAAGGAAGAAUUGGAACCCAAGGAGACUUUGGAACAGCACGUACAUAAUCCAGAAGAAAAGGAGAUCAAACCUUUGGAGUCAACUGUGUCGGAAGUAUUAUCACAAACUAUCACAGAGACUGUCUGUCUAACACCAAAUGAGGACCAGCGGAACCAACCCACAGAACUGCCUCCGAAACUUGUUUUCCCACCCACAGUUCCUAAAAACGUUAAUCUAAUUGAAGUUUCCCUCUCAGACUUGAAACCCCCUGAAAAGGCAGAUGUAGCCGUUGAAAAAUAUGAUGGAGAAAGUGAUAAAGAACAAUGUGAUGAUGACCAGAAAGUAUGCUGUGGAUUCUUUUUUAAGGAUGAUCAAAAAGCAGAAAAUGAUAUGGCAAUGAAGCGGGCAGCUUUGUUGGAGAAACGAUUAAGAAGGGAGAAAGAAACUCAGCUUCGGAAACAACAGUUGGAAGCAGAAAUGGAACACAAGAAAGAAGAAACUAGGCGUAAAACUGAGGAAGAACGUCAGAAGAAAGAAGAUGAAAGAGCACGCAGAGAAUUUAUUAGGCAAGAGUACAUGAGGCGAAAGCAGCUGAAACUAAUGGAAGAUAUGGACAUAGUUAUUAAACCCCGUCCUCAAGUAGCAAAGCAAAAAAAACAGCGCCCCAAAUCUAUUCACAGAGACCAUAUCGAAUCCCCCAAAACACCAAUAAAAGGUCCUCCAGUCUCUAGCCUAUCUUUGGCAUCGCUGAAUACAGGUGACAACGAGAGUGUGCAUUCAGGCAAGAGGACACCAAGGUCAGAGUCUGUAGAAGGCUUCUUAUCUCCAAGUCGUUGUGGCAGUAGAAAUGGAGAAAAAGACUGGGAAAAUACAUCAACAACUUCUUCAGUGGCUUCUGGAACAGAAUACACAGGACCAAAGCUGUACAAAGAACCCAGUGCAAAAUCCAACAAACACAUAAUACAAAAUGCUUUAGCUCAUUGCUGUUUGGCUGGAAAAGUAAAUGAAGGUCAGAAGAAAAAAAUACUAGAGGAAAUGGAGAAGUCAGAUGCCAACAACUUCUUAAUCUUGUUCCGGGAUUCAGGCUGCCAGUUCAGGUCUUUGUAUACUUACUGCCCAGAAACUGAAGAAAUCAGUAAACUGACAGGGAUAGGCCCUAAAUCUAUCAGUAAAAAAAUGAUUGAGGGGCUUUAUAAAUACAACUCUGACCGGAAACAGUUCAGCCACAUUCCUGCUAAGACUUUAUCUGCCAGUGUUGAUGCGAUUACCAUUCACAGCCAUUUGUGGCAGAGCAAGAGACCAGUAACACCCAAAAAACUUUUACCCACUAAGGCAUAGGAGCUGGGAACUAUUUGCUUCUGAACAUUCAUGGUAAAUUUGCACUUCAUCUUUCCUGUCUAUAGAAAACCUUUCUAAUUGCCAACAAGACUUUUAUGAAUUAAAACUGGACACUAAGCUCUGUUGUCAGGAACAACUGGAAUGUAAACCACAGUAGUUUGGAGUACAGAAGCUUCUCACUUAGGUGAUAAGUCCAAGUGAUGAAGAAAAUGUUGUAAUUCACAAGUGUAGAUGUGUACAUGGUGUCAGGUUCAUCUGCUUGAUAUGCGAUAUGUUGAAGCACUGAAUUUUCAUCUAUCCUAGUUGGACUUAAUUGUUGAAAUAUGGCUAAGAUUUCAAAGUAUGUGUUUUAUUUGUUGUAUUUUCUUUUUAAAUCUUUUAACGUACAUGCUUGUCUUCAGAUGGUUUAUUUUGCUGUUUUUCUCUCCUGGGAUUUAUUCUAAGAUAUCUUUUUUUCUGUUUAAUGUGGAGGUCAUGAGAGUAGGAAAUCCAUCUUCAGAGCUAACUUGUACCUUUCUUUAUGAUGCUAAGAAAAACACUAGUGUUUAGAUUUUCAGUAACCCUCAUGUUUUCAUGGUGUAAAAGGAUUUACAAAUAUUACUCUUCUAAGUAUUUACAAUUCUGUAUUUAUUAUUCACUCAAGUAUUAACAUUUUUCUAUUACAUAAGAGGAGGAGAAUGGUGUCAAAGAGCUGCUAGUAGGUUCGCUUUAAACCAUGUGAGUUUUAACCAAGAGUCUGUUACAAGAAGUUACUGAUUAAAUCAGUGCCGUUUUUAUACCACUUCUGGCCAACUCAGAAUAAUUUAGAUUGUUCUUUUAACAAAAAAGGCUUUCUAUAUCUUUUAAUUUAAGUCACUUUAGAAGUUGGCAGAAGUGAAUGAAUGACACUUUGAAAUUCAUCUUUCAGACUGAAGAUGUAGGACUUCCUGCUACAAGUUCUCAAGGGGUCUUUAUGUUCUAUUUAUAACUGAUAUGGAAAUUAUAUUUAGAAUUUCUAAACAUGUACAAAGGGCUACAUUUUAAUUUUGAAAUAGCUUCACAGUAUUUUACUUACAUUGAGUUUUUCUUUUUUCUUUUUAAACCUUUUCAUGUGAACUAGCUUAGAAAUCUUAAAUUUUCCUUUCCACAUGUUUUGUUCCUUCAACAGUGUGUUCCAGAGAGGGUUAGAUGGGGGGGAAACUUCAUUCUCAGGAAAAGACUUGAAUGAUUAUGUGACCCUGUUAUGUUUCAGUGUUGUGACAACUGUGUAAACUUUGGGGGGAAAGACAGUAUUGUAUCAUAAGUGAGAUGCUUAGUUUGUUUUCGUUCAUGGGAAGUAGUAGAGACUAAAAUAUACACAUUUCUCCAAUUGAGUGGUUUAGGGAGAUAAUUAAUGUCUCAUAUGAUGUAUUUACUUAUUUAAAAAAAAAAAAAAAAAAGGAAUAGGAAUGAGAUGUCCCUGAACUGUACUUUUCUAUUAUUUUAAGGCCUUUAGGCAUCAGUGCAUCUGGGUUAUCAACACUUUCUCAAAUGCUGUCAAUAUUUUACUGUAAUUUAUGUUCUUAUAUUUAUGUAUAUUUGUUAAAACUGUAAAAAAAAUUGCACAGACUUUUUUCCAAUACCUGUGCAAGAUAUAUGUGUGUAGCUCAAAACUAUUUGUGACCUACUGUUUGCAUGUAAAAGACCAGGAUAUAUAACUCUUAUAUUUUAAGUGAAUACAUAUUGUGUAUAUAAUAUAUGACUAUUAAAAAUGGGAAUGGCACAUUUUA